UGUUCUGGAGAGGAGAGUCAGUGCUGGUGGAGUUCUCACCAAGGCAGCAUCGCAAUGUCGGAGAAGACGCAAAAGCGCGCUAGUGAUGAGCCCAGUUUCGCGGGCAUUCUCGAUGAGUUGGGUGAAUUCGGUCGCUUCCAGAUCUUCAUCUACGUCCUCCUCUUCCUGCCCAUCUUCCUCGGCAACAUGUACACCCUCAACUUCAUCUUCACCGCCGCCGAAGUAGAUUAUCGCUGUCACAUCAGCGAGUGUGAGCCUCCGGACGCGCCAUUUGACUCCAACGACCCAUUCUUGGACUACGCUCUGCCGCCUGGCCAGGAGUCCUGCAAGCGCUUCGCCCACAUCAACACCACCAGCGAGUGCUCAUCCUCCAGCUUCGACCACAGCCAAGAGGUGGACUGCAGUGAGUUCAUCUUCGCCGGUCCGGAGCACACCAUCGUUAGCGAGUGGGAUUUGACCUGUCCGGCCAACGAGUGGAAGAUGUCUCUGGUGGGGACGAUCAACAAUGUGGGCCAGUUCAUUGCACUGCCCAUCACAGGUUUCAUCUCCGACCGCUUCGGCCGCAAGACAGCCCUGACGGUGGGAACCAUCAUCAGUGGGGUCUUUGGCAUCAUCAAGUCCUUCUCGGUGAAUUAUCCAAUGUUCCUCACCGUGGAGCUUCUGGAGUCCGGCCUCGGAUCUGGCGCCUACAGCGCCUGCUUCGUGUACGGAAUGGAGGCUGUGGGAGCCUCCAAGAGACUCCUCGGCGGCGUCAUUAUGACCAGCACUUACGCUCUCGGCCAAGCAUUCUACGGACUCAUCGCCAUGUGGACCAAAGACUGGAGGAGCAUGAUAAGAAUGAGUGCGAAUUCGGCUAUUUCAAUUAACAACACCAUAUUGUGCGUAUUAAUUGACAGAUGGGCGUAUUCUCCAGCUCUGUUGCUCAUCCUCUACUUCUGGAUCAUGCCGGAGAGUCUGCGCUGGCUCUUGGCGUCGGGGCGCUUUCACAGGGCGCGUCGGCUGAUCAAGAAAGUCGCCAAGGUGAACAGAGUCACGCUGUCUGAGGAGUCACAGAAGGUGCUGGACGAGAAAGUGGCGGGAUCGGACAGACUACCAACUGAGCUGGACGCAGAAGCCUCUCCGAAGAAUCCUUAUCCGCUGCGCACUGUGUGCCAUUCGCCAAUUCUCCUGUGGCGCCUCGCCACGUGCUCUUUCGUCUGGAUGACCAACGCCUUCGUGUACUACGGCCUGGUGCUGAAUUCCGUGGCCAUCGGCGGCGACAAGUACGUCAACUUCAUCCUGAUCUGCCUCAUCGAGCUGCCCGCCUUCGUCAUCUGCUAUCUGAUAGUGGACAGAGCCGGAAGGAGGAUCACACUGAGCAUAUCACUGCUGAUAGCUGGUCUGUCGUGUCUAGCGCAACUCUUCCUGCCCACUGAAGGAGUGGAAGCUGUCAAGCUGGUGCUCUUUCUCACUGGUAAAUUCAGUAUCACAGUGUCCUUCACGACACUCUACCUCUUCACCAAUGAACUCUUCCCCACGGAACUGCGACACAGUCUGAUGGCAUUCUGCUCCAUGAUGGGAAGACUGGGAGGAAUAGUUGCUCCACAAACGCCGCUUCUGGGAAAGUACGUGGAAUUCUUGCCAAUGACGCUAUUCUUCAGCACAGCCUUCAUCUCUUCCCUGAUCAUUCUGCAGUAUCCGGAAACGCUGAACACCACACUUCCGGACACAGUUCAAGAGGCUGAAAAGAUUGGCGCCAACUCAAGAGGUCUGUUUGGUGUGUGCUGGAGCAAGAUCAGACGAAGGGAGGAAAGACAGGAGAGAUGAGAAAUUAUGUACAAUAAUCACUGUGCCUUCAGUCACAUUUGUUGUGUCGUUUUUACAGCAGGUAUUCUUGCAAAGUAUUGUUGAUAUUUUAGAGAGAAAAAGAGAGAGACAGAGGGAGUAAAAUAGAUAAUAUAGAAGUGUUAAUUGUGUUUUUCAUGGCUUUUCGCAGAGGGAAAAACUGGGUCAAGUCCAUAAAUUGCACAUAUCUUAACUGCUGACCAGAGUCAAGUAGCCAAACUUGAGUUUUUGAUAAGAAAUAGCACACCUCUGAAGAUUGCAGUAUAUUUCACAUUUCCAAAUUCUGCAACAUUCACCAAAAAAUACACAUAAUUUCAUCUAUUUUCAACACGUCAAUCACAGACACAGACUUUCCAUGUAAUUGAGAUUAAUUGUGGGAUGAUUAACGAGCAAUUUUGUUGUUCUUUUUUCUUCAACUGCCGCAAUCACAACAUUUUUCCACCGCCUUUUUGCCAAUAAUAUAUUGUCAAUUAUGAGUGCGCGUGAUAAUGCGCCAAAAAGCGAGCACAAUAUUGAACUUGCCAACGAAAUAAUUGCGAGAUGUUUCACUGGAAAAAUUUUGGUUGUCUUAUCAAUAUUUUCAUUUUGGGGUGUCAGAGAAGA